UUUGGAAGGAAAUAGAAGGAAAUUUAUUACUUUCCAAUGUUUGGUUCAUUAAAAAAAAAUUAAGUGAAAGGAAAUGGGAGGAAUUGGAAGGAAAGACUCUUUAAUAAAAUUUCACUUUCCUUUCCUCCCAAAAGCGAGAGAAUUCGGAAGGAAAGAGAAAUUUAUACCAAACAUGAGAAAUUAAGGUUUUUUUCCUUUCUCUUCCAUUCUUUUCCUUUCUCUUCCCUUCCUUUCUCUUCCCUUUCUUUCCUUUACUAAAAAUGAACCAAACAACUGUAAAAGUUGAAAUUAUUCCUGUCGAUUUUUCCUUAUGCUAAAACCCUAAUUGCAAAUUACACCAGUCCUCUCUCUCCAUUCUUCCAUUCGAACUAUCUUAAAACUUUAAUCAUCACACCCAAUUCGGGAUUUCCAGAAGGAAUUCUGGGCAAAACAUACCUAUUUUCGAGAUUAAAAUCUCGGUAUUCCAAAGUUUUGAAGGUUUGUUCGAAAUAAAAAAUUUGAAGAGAAAUUUAAAGUGCAGAAAUUUAACCUAAAAUGCGUGUAAAAGAGUUGGAAUCAAAUACAGAAGAAGGCGAAUCCAUGAAAGAGCAGAAAAACCUUAGAAUAUCACCUCCUGCUGAAGAAAUUGAAAGACUAAAUAAUGUCGAUAAUACGAAUGAUGAUUUUGAUGAAGGUGAUGAUGAAGAAUAUGUCCCCGUAAUUCUUGGUUUUGUUGAGAAGCCUGAAAAUAGCUGGUCUCUACUUCGUCAAUUGUUCCCUAGCAAGGCUGGAGGAGUUCCGGCUUGGCUUGAUCCUGUGAGUUUGCCGAUGGGGAAGUCUUGUGUUUGUGAUAUGUGUGGGGAGCCUCUGCAGUUUGUACUUCAGGUUUAUUGUCCUAUUAAGGAGAAAGAAUCUACAUUUCAUCGGACGUUAUAUGUAUUCAUGUGCCCUUCAAUGACAUGUCUUCUUAGAGACCAACACGAACAAUGGAAACGUGGGCCACAAAAGCCAUCUCGGAGUGUGAAGGUUUUCCGAUGCCAACUGCCACGGUCGAAUACCUUCUACUCAAGCGAGUCCCCAAAAUAUGAUGGUAGUGACACUCCUUCAACAAUUGGAGAUCCACUUUGUGCUUGGUGUGGCACGUGGAAGGGAAAUAAAGUAUGUAGCAGCUGCAAAAGUGCCCGUUACUGCUCUGAGAAACAUCAGGUUAUGCAUUGGCGUGCAAAUCAUAAAGUCAAAUGUCAACAAUCAAUUGUUUCUUUCAAGUCAUCUGAUGGUAGCGGUGUUGCUGACCCCCCUUCGAAUGAGAUACUUGAAGUUGCAAGCAAAACUCUCUGGCCUGAAUACGAGAUCACAAUUGAAGAUGAAAGUGAGUUCAUAACUUCUGAUACUGAUGAAAAUUCUGACUCAUUGAUUUCAAGACAACAAAUGGAUGAAACUGUCAACUCACUCAUGGACAGUUUUGAGGGUGAUGAUGAUAAACGGAGCUGGGCAACAUUUGAGGAGCAUCUUGCUAAGGCCCCUGAACAAGUUUUGAGAUACUGUAGAGAUGAAAAGGCGAAGCCUCUGUGGCCUACAUCAAGCGGUCGGCCAUCUAGGGCUGAUAUCCCAAAAUGCUCUUCUUGUGGUGGUAUAAUGAAUUUUGAAGUUCAGAUCUUGCCUCAAUUGCUUUACUACUUUGGUGUGAACAACGAUGUCAACUCGUUGGACUGGGCAACAAUUGUGGUGUUCACCUGUGCAGACUCCUGUGAAGGAAGUCCGCCCUACAAGGAGGAGUUUGCUUGGGUUCAACUUACCUCGCAAACGUCCACUUGAUCACCAUUCUGGUGUUAAUCUCACUGUUGUCUCUUGCCUUUUUUUUGCUCCCUCCUCUCUUCUUCUUUCUUUCUUUCUACUCCCGUAUGAAUUAUGAUACAUGGAUUAACGGAAGUGUUGCUUCUUGGCGGACUUGAGAGUUUCACAUUUUCGUUACCCAAAUUAUUCCUUAUCUAAGGGACAUUUUGGUUGCUGAAUGCUUAGUGUUCCAACUUGUAAGGCAAGCUUUUCCAUGGUUGUAUUCAUGAGCCGAGAGGGGUGAGUUCUAUAGACUCAAUAUAUUCCAAAAACGCCUUGUGGAUUGGACUAUACAAUUUUUAAAUAGAUUCCAGUAGUAAUUAUAUCCUUUUAUUUUUAUAUAUAUAUAAUAAUCUUUUUCUCAA